GUCGACGUUGGUGGUGGUGGUCUACAGACGAUCUCUGUACCACUGAACACGUAGCUCACGAUCAAUGUCUUGUCGUUCCAUACUGACACCAAGCACUGGCCCAAUCCAGUCGCCUGGACACUAGAACGUUGGAUAGCAGGAUAGCAAAGGAAGAAUUCUCAGGCACAGAGAGCGUACUCGUCCCCUCGACGCAUGGCCUACGCGCAUGGUCGCGAUGAAAACCCACAGAACUGGCCGGGACUCAGGCUCUCGCAGGUAGAGUUCAUUGCGGCCAUGUGCUGCUUGCUUAUUAUGCGGACAUCGCAUAGGCCCAUUGUCCUCGACGGAGAGACGCUGGCUCAGGCACGAGAGGGCAUGAAGAAAAUCGUGGACAUCUGCAUGAUACUGAAGAUGAGGAACCCAGCUAGAGCGCGAUUCCACUUCGAGGAAGUUGGCUCGUGAUGCAGCUACACCUCACCAGUCUUGCGCGUCUCCCCCUCUCUGCCCUUGCCCCGAGAAAAGUGUAUUAACAAUCCAACAGACAAUUCCAAAUCGAAUCUUCUCUCUAAAAAUACGCAUGCAGGUAAUUACAUGUAUCUAGUGCAUGGCAUCGUUGCUUCGCAGUUUGUUUGUCGUCGUCGUUGCUACUCUGCGCUACUUGCGACAUGCAUCUAGUGGCUUGCACUUUGGUGCGGGACGAACGAGAAAGGGGAGGGGAGGCGCAACCGGUGCCGGUGCCGUUGCCCGCGUGGCGUCCACCACCCUCUAAAGGUCCUGGUCAAUUCUCUCACGAUCGUCGACGUCUGCCGAUCCUGAUCUUUGCGCCCAAACCCCCCUGCAAUGAGAAAUUCUGCGCUUUGCGAUUUUAGUACCGGUAUUGUACUCUUAGCG